AUGUCUGUUAGCGUGAGCCAUGAACAGCUCGCACCCGACCCUCGACCGACGGAUGGAGCCAAUUCAAUAAAAAAGGCAAGAAGAACAAAAGAGGACGGAGCUGUUGCAUUGUUCAGCAAUACCUGGCCGUGUCGGGUUGACCCACGUGUGUACAAAAUCCCCCUCGUGUAUGGAGAGGAAGAGAUGAAAUUGAAUAAAUGGUUUAUGUGUCAGGAAGUUGAUGUUGAUGUUGCACGAAGUCGUAACAUACGUUGCGGUUUGAUAAAAAAUUACCUGGCGGGAGAGAGGACCGACGUAGAACUUCUGGAAGUGGCCAUCGAUCUCUGCAUUAAGGUGCAGGAAAUCCACCAGAAGCACGUCAUUCACAACGACCUGAAGGAGGACAACGUCCUAGUGGACGCCCAAGGAAAGGUGCACGUGAUCGACUUCGGCAACGCCACCGAGGAGGGGCUACUCUUCUCCGUCCUCCUGAGCACGCCUGCCCGAGAUGCAUACUCCGUCGGGUACUUGCUCAAGAUUAUGGCCAAGGGAAUGGAAUCUUCACGUGAUAUGAAGAGGAUCGCGAUGAGAUUUCUGGAGGAGAAACCGAAGACAAGGCAGACGCUGGAUGCAGGGCUGGCCCUUCUGAAGGCUCUGUAG